AUGAAUUUAGAUAGUUAUGUUAAUAUACUUGUGAAUUAUUUUAUUUCUUUGCCAAAUUCUUUGUUGAAAAAAUAUCCAAAUGAAAUAGAAUUAAUAUUUCAGCAAGAUUUGGCUUCUGUUCAUAU